AUGCUGCCGGCCGUGGCCGUGGUGGCCGUGGCCGUGGCGGCCGUGGCCGUGGCCGUGGCCGUGGCGCUGCCCGCCGCCCCCGCGCUGCGGCACCGCCUGGCCCGUUGCGCGCUGCUCCGCGCCGCGGGCUGGUCCCGGCGGCGGCUGGCGGGGGGGGGCGGCGAGGUGCGGCCGAGCCAGGAGCGGCGCCUGCGGCGGCUGCUGCCCCCCGGCACGGCCCGCGGCUCCGAGGCUUUCCGGGAGCGGCACCCCCUGGGGCGGAGCUGCCCCGACGGCGCGCCGGGGGGACGGGUCCCCCCGCUGCGCCCCUGGGCUCUGCUCCGCGGCUGCUGGGCCACCGACCCCCCUCUGCAGGGGUCCCUGCUCUACCUGGCCGCCCUCCGCGACGCCUUCCCGCAGGCGCUGGCCCCCCGGGCCACGGCCCUGCUCUCCUGGGCGCCCGACCACCCCCGCGCCCCGGCGGGCUGGCCCCUGCCCACCCUGUACUGCACCCCGGCCGAGGCGGGCACCCUGCCCUCGCGGGCCGCCGCUCUGCGGGCGCAGCUCCUCUUCGCCCUGCGGGCUCGCGCCCUGCGCGUGCUGGAGGCCGGGCUGGCCACCGAGCUGCACGACGCGCUGGCCGCCCUGCGUGCCGGCUGGCCCGGGCUGGCUCAGGACCUGGCGCUGGGCAGGCUGAGCCCCCAGCCCGGGCUGCCCGAGGAUGCGCGGGGCCGGCUGCAGGCGCUGCUGGCCCCCGACGCUGCCCGGGCAGCCGAGCUGCGGGCCGAGUGUGCCCGUGGCUUCGAGGGCAUCGUGCAGCGCCUGUGGCCGCAGCUGGAGGUGGUGGUGGUGGGGACGGCGCACGGCGCGGAGCGGCUCUACUGCGACGGCCUCCGCCAGGCCGACUGCAAGGGGCUGCCACUCUUCUGCCCCUUCUACCGGGCGGCGGGAGCCCUGCUCGGUGUGAACCUGUGGCCGGAGGAGCCAGCACCCCGGUUCCUGCUGUGCCCUGACUGGGCUUUCUUCGAGUUCCUGCCCUGCCCGGCCGAGGAGGAGCCGCGGACGGUGCUGCUGGGGGAGCUCUGGGAGGGACGCGAGUACGGGCUGGUCCUGACGGCCCAGCCCGGAGAAUACAGGUGCCGCACAGGGGAGGUGCUGAGGGUGGCCGGCUUCCACAAGCAGUGUCCCGUGGUGGAGCCCGUGCGCAGGGAGAGCCAGGCGCUGAGCGUGCGGGGCGAGAGCAUCCCCGAGGAGCGGUUCUGCCAGAGCCUGUGCCGCGCCGUGGGCAUGUGGCCAGGUGCUCGCCUGGUUGACUACGUCUGCGUGGAGAGUGGCCUCCUGGGUGCCACGUCGGGGGUCUGCGCCCCCCACUACGAGGUGUUCGUGGAGCUGCGGGGCCUGCGGGACCUGUCGGAGGGGCAGCGCUACAGGCUGGACCAGUGUCUCCAGGAGGAUUUCCCCGUCUAUAAAUCCUUCCGCUUCAAGGGCAGCAUCGGGCCCCUGCGCCUGCACCUGGUGGGGGCCGGGGCCUUCGCCCGGCUGCGGGAAGCACUGGGCCCCCCCCGCCCCAUGCCCAGGGUCCUGCGGGAGGAGCGGCUGCUGCGGCUCAUCCAGAGCACGGUCAUCUCCUAGGGCAGCCCGGGGGGCCGCAGCCCGCCCGCCUCGGGGUUUGUGGGGUGCGCAGCUGCUGGCGAGGGAGCGGGGGCCGAGCCCCUGCGGGGGACGGGGGUGCCCAGCCCCGGGGGGGUUGGCUGAGUGGAGCGGAUGGAGACCCUGCAGGGUGGGCACCCUGCUCGGUGCUGCCCGUGGGGAUGGAGCAGGACACGGAGCACAUCCCAGCCCUGGGCGCUCACCAGCAGCCCUGGCCCUUCGCCGGGCUGUUCUGGGCAUGGGGGGGGGGGACUGUGGGUGCUUGUGAGCAUCACGAGGCAGCCGGGUCCUGCCGCCAGCAGCUCGCCCCACUCAGUGCCUGGGCAGCGCCCGCAGGCAGCCGCAGCGGGGCCGGUGCCCCUGCCUGUCCCCAGGGACACCUUAGCCAUCACAGCCUGCGGCCAGUGCGAGGGGGACAGCAGAAACCUCGCCGGGAAUGGGAGGACCAGCAGAGCCUCGGGCCCACGCAGGAGCUCGGCUCUUCCCCACACUGAGCUCAGGGGCCCUGUGGUAUUUUGUCCCCUGGCAGGGCCACCGCGGGCAGGGCCACCGCGGGCAGGGUGGCUGGUGGUGGCGGGUGCCGGCUGCCACGGAGCAGCCCCUCCGCCUGGCUCCAGCGCACAUCCGCUGCUUUAGGAAAGGAUAAGCUCCAGUGAGGGCUGCUUUUAAUGUUUAAAAAAACAGAAGCAAAAUAAAGGAGGAUUAUCUCUCUCUCUCAAAAAAAAAAAAAAGGGCAGUGCUCUGGGAUUGAUUUUUUUUAUAUACUAUUAUUUUUAAUCCUCAUUAAAGAGAUUGCUUGAUGACA